CCCCAGGAAGCAGCAGCAGCAGCAGCAAUACAGCUUUCGAAAUUGACCCACCACUCCUUUAAAAUCUUCCCCCCACACCCAGGAGCCACAUCUGACUUGCCAUUAAUGCCCCUAAUAUUAGUUCCAUUUCUAAAAAGCUCCAAAAUUCAUUUUGAAUCUGCAUUUGAUUUCUCUCCCAUGGGCAAGAAAAUGAAGCUCCCUUCCUCUUCUUGGCCCUGGCCCUCCUGCCACCAACCGCGAACCCUCUCUUUCCGAGCCCAAAACGACGCCGCAUACUUGGACACGCUGGAGAGCUCCGAGACUUCCUUCUUCACCGUCUCCCCUGACUCCGGAAGCUUCUCAACUGCCUCAGAAGAAGAUUCUAGAAGACCCGACUCACUAGAGACCGUCAUUCGCGGCUUGCGUUCCGACCGUCUGUUCUUCGAGCCAGACGAGACUAGUUCCAUAUUAGAAGCCAAAGCAGCAGCAGCAACAACAACAACAACAACAACGUUGCCGUUCAAAGACAGCGUUGUCAUGUCCGUGGACUCCCAAGACCCUUACGUCGAUUUCCGCAGGUCCAUGGAGGAGAUGGUGGAGGCGCAGUGCGUCAAGGGCUGGGAGGGUCUCCAAGAGCUUCUGUCUUGGUAUUUGAAAGUCAACGGUAAAACCAACCACGGCUAUAUCGUUGGUGCUUUCGUUGAUUUAUUGUUCGCUUCUUCUUCCUCACUAGUUUCUUCUUCUGACAAUAACUCCCACUCUCCUUCUUCCCCUUUAUCGUUUUAUAGCUCUUCCUCUUGCAGCACUCGCUGUGUUUCUUGUUUGGAAGCUGAGGUCGAGGUUCAUAAUAAUGAUAUAGCUACUACUUCUUCUUUCUUGUUAGAACAAGUUAGGGAAGACCAGGCUUCAUCUUCUUCUUCUACUUCUACUUCCUCUUUGAAUUAAAAUACUUUAUUUUAUUUGAAACUAAGGGAGAUUACUUAUUAUUAAUUGUAAUAUUUCUUCUGUAUUAGUAUAUACUUAGUAGUAGUUUAUAGUUAGUAGUAGCAUUUUUGUUUCAUGGCGCGCGAGCUUAGCUUCCAUGGCUCUCUGUACUGUGUUAAUUGGGUCACAGGUAUGGAGGAAAUUAAUGAAACCGUACGUGCGUGCGCGAGAGAGGUUGUCGAUUUUUGUUUCCUUUACUGCAUGGGAAGCCAACAAGGAGUAGAAAUUUCUAUUUUUGUCUUGAAUUAGAUUAUGCUUACAAGAUUUGUAUAGUCAUUAUCUCUUGUCAAUCUAUGUAUAUGUGGCUAAAUGACAUCAAAUCCUCUAUAUAUUGCUUUCAUUGAGAU